ACAAUAUUAAAUAUAUAAGGGUGAAUUAGAGCUUCGUUUAAAUUAUAUGUAUGUACAUACAUUUGUAUACAUAUGUAUGUACAUAUACACUUGAAUUUGAAAUCGAUAUCUCGAUUGACGAUUAUCAAACGAUCGAUCAAACAUGAUUCGAGAAUUUUCUUGAUUUACAACUGUAUCGACCAAACGAAUAAUUUGAGAACAUGGCGGCGAAUACGAUCGCGGAAAGCAAACGGAUUGCAAAUCCAAAUCUUUGUGCUAUUUAUGGCAGCAUUCAAGAAAAUCGAAUGAUGACAGAGUGCCAUCAAUCGGGAUGGAUCGGACAAAAAUUACGUUUUGCACAGACGUGGACAAAUCUGUGAUCGUGCAUAAUUUUGAGAAACGCGGUUGGACGCAAGUCGGUCCGGAAGACGAUUGGAAUUUCUACUGGGCUGCCAUACAGUCUUGUAGAAAUAUCUUUAGCAUUGAAACCGGGUACAGAAUGGAUGACAAUCAAAUCAUCAAUCAUUUUCCAAACCACUAUGAGCUCACACGGAAAGAUUUGUUGGUGAAAAAUAUAAAACGAUAUCGAAAGGACUUGGAACGCGAAGGAAAUCCUUUAGCGGAGCGCGUGGAUGGUCCGGGAAAAUACUUGUAUCUCGAUUUUAUACCAGUCACCUUCGUUUUACCCGCAGAUUACAACAUGUUCGUAGAAGAGUAUCGCAAGUCUCCACAAAGCACAUGGAUAAUGAAGCCGUGCGGAAAGUCGCAAGGCGCUGGAAUAUUUCUCAUCAAUAAACUGAGCAAACUGAAAAAGUGGUCGCGUGAAGCGAAAACCCCGUUUAAUCCAAACUUGACGAAAGAUUCAUACGUUAUAUCCAGAUACAUCGACAAUCCGCUGUUAAUUGGCAGUAAAAAAUUUGAUCUACGAUUAUAUGUGCUUAUCACUUCCUUCCGACCGCUCAAAGCUUAUCUCUUCAAGUUAGGAUUCUGUCGCUUCUGUACUGUUAAAUAUGACACCAGCGUGCAAGAGCUUGACAACAUGUAUGUGCACCUUACGAACGUAUCCGUGCAAAAGCAUGGUGACGAGUAUAAUAGUAAACACGGCGGCAAAUUGAGCGUGCAAAAUCUACGUUUGUAUCUGGAGAGCACACGCGGCAAAGCGGUUACAGAGAAAUUGUUCGCGAAUAUUUCAUGGUGUAUCGUACAUUCGCUGAAAGCGGUAGCACCGGUAAUGGCGAAUGAUAGACAUUGCUUUGAAUGUUACGGAUACGAUAUCAUUAUUGAUAACAAGUUAAAACCAUGGCUAAUAGAGGUGAAUGCCUCACCAUCUUUGACGUCUACUACAGUGAAUGAUAGGAUCUUGAAGUAUAAAUUAAUCGACAAUAUUGUAUCGGUAGUUCUGCCUCCAGACGGUAUGCCCGACGUAAAAUGGAACAAGUCACCUUCUCCGGAAGCUUUAGGGAACUUCGAGUUGCUGCUGGACGAAGAAUUGGCGGCUCAAGAUGAGAGAGAGGGUUCAUCGUGCAAGUAUCGUAGUUCUCUUAAUAAGUGGAAAUAAAUCAUAUGUCUAUA